GCAUUUCCUCUGUUACAUUUAUACUUCUGGAGAAUUCGUCUUCUUCAUAUGGAUACUUUUCUCUCGUUCCCAUCCAAUUCGUUUCUCCCGCAGAUUCGAGGUACCGGAACCUGCACUGUUUUCCUUCUUCAUUUUCAGUAAUUCUAUUUCGUUUUUCCGUUUAUAUGUGAGCAUUGCUUACAAGCAUAAAUGCCUCUUCUUUUUGUACACUGUUUUUGGUGUGGAUCUAUCAGAGGUUCACAUUCAUGUAAGGCAUAUCCCUAUCAAGGAGAUCCCAACAUCUGAGGAUGAGAAUACUUCUUUGUUAAUCUAUGCGUUCAAGCUCAAGAAAAAGUUACCUUCAGAUUUCAAAUUGCAGGACCAUAUUCCUAAGCAAGAACUGAAGGAGAGCUUUAUACUUUGAAGUGCUUCUUGAAUUUUACAAUGGCAAUUUUCCUGGCAGCCAUAUUUUUGUAUCUGACCCAUUCAUUCAACUUGUUUAGGACUCAUGUUGUUUUAGCUUGUCUAUGUCUUGCUUAUGUUACUUAUUACAACAUACCUCCAGUGUCACUUCAAGGUGUUGAUGAAGCGCUGUCCCAGCACAAGGAAAUGAAAAGAAAAUAAUUUCUCAUUUCAAGUUAUUGAAACUGUAGGUAACAAUAAAAGUUUGACUCCGAACUGGGAUGAGGGGUAUAUCUAUGACAUGAUUUUGAGAAGAUCUUCUGCAUGGUUAAAACGUAAGACAGAAGGAUCCUUGUUGUGCUUUGAAGUAUGCUCUAUGAUGGCACUUUGUUGAUUUAUCUUUGAAGUUUACAAUUAUGUAAAAUUUUACUCCUAACUAGAUCGGAGAUUUUUUGAAAGUUCUCUCUGCACUGAUUUUCUUUUCAUUUUCCCUUUAUUUGGUGCUCUUACUAUAUUUUUGAGUUCCUACAGGAUGAAUGGCACCUUGACCUGAGUCAUUAGUAUUCUCAAGCACUCAUACCUUCUUUCGUGAAAGUCAUUUGGAGCCAAGAACUCAUUUUACAAUCCAGAGAAGUUGUAAGGAUCUAGAAAUCAAGUGCCAAGCUCACAGGUUCAGUGACUCAAUGUGUGCAUACUCACAACAGUUUCAGUUCAUACAGAUGCAUGCUUGCCAUAAGAUUGGGUAAACUGAGAGAACAAAUCACAUUAACAUGUUGUCAUCAGGUGAAACUAAACAGUUGUUCUUGCUCCAUAUUUACUUGAAAUGCGUAUGCAACCAGACAUUGCUGUUCUAGCUUUCUUUUUUUUGGGUUUGGAGCUUUCUUUUUAAAUGAAUGAUGCAAUGAUAUAUUCCGAAGAAAAUGGACUAUUUCCAAAAAAAAGUAGAGAAAUGGAGUUUCAUAUGUUUCAUUAUAUGUGAUACUGCAAAAAGGGCACGAGCAACAUAUUUUGGCAAUUUGGAUAAAAAGCCAGGCGAUAUUGUCAAGAAAUACUGCAACCUGAUAGAGAAAAUGAUAAGAUGAUGAUCGUCAUGGAUGUCACCUCAAAGACAACUAGUGGUCUGUAACAUCAGUUGCAGUGAUCAGGUUUGGAUAGAAAGAAACAUCUGGCUAGAAUGGUAGAUUCUUGCCGUCCUUGAUUUACAUGUGUUAGGUUUCAUUGCUUGCGUAGAUAAUAACUUUUGCACUUGGAUAAUCAGCAUUCACCCUAACCCCAACAAUUUCCUCCCUCCACAAAGCUCAACCGCCUCCAUAUUCCUUCUUCUCUCACAUACAGUACUAAUGGCGAUUGGCUUCGAACCCCUUCUCGUUUUUCUUCUCUUCUCUUACAAAUUAACUUAAAUAUGCUCUAAAUUAAAUUGAAGCUUUGCUUCAUCAACCAGGAUUGAUAUUUUUGGUUAUAAGUUUUUAAAUGAUUAGUUUAAUUACUAUGGUUGGUUGGUUUGGUGAGACAAUAAAUGAUACCAGCAAGU